UCCGAAGAAAGCGGAGGGAGAAGAAAGACAAAAGACAAGAUUGCAUUUACCGAGAAUCUUUAUCCGGUUCCAGAAUCUCCUCCAACUGGACAGGUUAUGAUUGACAGCUGCGUUUAUUUACUACUGUCAAUUAGUUUAGGCUUCGAUUGACACUUUGCCACUGGGCUGGGCGGCUGGGCGGUAGCGGACGAACAAUCAGUACUAUGCUAAGCGUCCUGGAAGCAACGUCGUACAUGGAUAAUUUGUCGAGAGAUCGCACAAAGAGAUCUCUAUGUAUUCGUCAAUUUAGCUAAUUAAUAUAAUUGUGAUCUGAAUUAUUUAUUUUAAUCCAAUUGCAUUUUACGUACGUCAGAAUACGUAAUAAUUAAGGAUUAUUCGAUCUUGCCCGCACAAAGAGAAUUCUGCGACCAAAGAUUACAAAAAGUACAAAGCACAUUGUUUUGUUGUUCGACGAUUAGAGAUUUAAUACUCGCUUGACGAACACGGAAUACGCUUAUUCUUACUCUCGAAGAAAGUAUUAAAUAUGAGUGGACCGACGAAGGAUCUGCCGUGGGGCCUGCAGUGCGCAAGGUGUAUGUGUGGCGGCCGUUGCGAGCAUCAUCGUGUGAAUUGGAUGGCCUGGCAUCAAGGAGGCGUACUGGCGCUCACUUACUUAGCGUACACUUGUUACCAUUUGACUCGAAAGCCGAUAUCCGUGGUGAAGAAUGUCCUGAGUCUCAAUUGCAGCGAUCUGCCAGUACCCGCGGAUAUUUUAGUGAAUGACAGUAAUCGGGAUACCUGGUGCGACUGGGCUCCAUUUGACACGAACGAUGCACCGGCAUUGCUCGGCAUGCUGGACUCGGCAUUCCUAUUCGCAUACGCAGCGGCUAUGUUUCUCAGUGGAUUCAUAGCGGAGAGAGUAAAUCUGCGAUACUUCCUCUCCAUUGGUAUGCUCGUGUCAGGCAUAUCGUGCUACUUGUUCGGCAUAGCUAAACCGUACAAUAUUCAUAAUCUGUGGUACUUCGUUUUCGUGCAGGUCCUAGGUGGAGUCUUUCAAACUUCCGGAUGGCCAGGCGUAGUAACUGUCGUGGGAAAUUGGUUCGGGAAAGGCAAGCGCGGCUUGAUCUUCGGUGUGUGGAACUCUCAUACGUCCAUAGGAAAUAUAUUAGGCAGUUUGAUCGCGGCGGCGUACGUCGAGUCCGAUUGGAGCCUGAGUUUCAUAGUGCCUGGAGUGAUAAUGGGAGUAGUGGGAUUCAUCGUCUUCCUGUUUCUAAUACCGAACCCCGUCGACAUAGGAUACAGCCCGCCCUCUUCUCUCGGAUAUCGGAAAAUUGAUGUAACGAAUAGCUCGGACGAUGACUCGACUGACGUAGGUUACGAAUCUCGUAGUGUCACCGACCGUGUCAUCUAUCGCUGUGUCUACCGUGAACAACUUGCUGCCGACAAUUUGGCAAGUGAACGAUCUGAAACCAGCCCAAUGCUGUCUGGACACCGACGUGAGCAUAAUACAUCUCGUAAUAGCGCAAUUGGCUUCAUAGGUGCCAUGAAGAUACCGGGUGUCAUCGAGUACUCCUUAUCACUAUUUUUCGCGAAGCUCGUUAGCUAUACAUUCCUCUAUUGGUUACCAUUGUACAUCGCGGCAUCAACUACAUACGGUACGACUGUGAGUGCGGAUCUGUCGGUUCUGUUCGAUGUGGGCGGUAUAGUAGGCGCCAUAGCAGCUGGAGUUCUCUCCGAUUAUAGCGGGAUGAGCGCGUUAACAUGCGCCGCAAUGUUUGGACUUGCAUUUCCUGCGUUGUUUAUAUAUGACUAUAUCGGAAGUACCAGCCUAGGCGUCAAUAUAGUAUUACUACUGAUAGGGGGACUAUUAGUGAAUGGCCCCUAUGCAUUGAUAACGACCGCUGUAUCGGCCGAACUGGGAACUCAUCCUAGUUUAGGAGAAAAUUCAAGGGCCUUAGCUACAGUGACUGCCAUUAUCGAUGGAACUGGUAGUAUUGGUGCUGCGGUUGGUCCGUUAUUAGCAGGUCUGGUGUCUCGAUGGAGCGGAUGGGACAACGUGUUUUACAUGCUCAUGUGCGCGGAUUUAUUUGCCCUACUGCUUCUGUCCAGAUUAGUUUACAGAGACAUAAGAUCGUACAUACAAAGACGAAGAGUUAUUCAAAUUUAGAAUGCGAAACAAAAUUUGCAAAUUGUCGUGUAGACGCGGAGGUAUUCUUACGUCUGGAUCUGUGUACUUAUAACUUUGCUCGCAUCGUGCGACACCUAAAGAGGUGCAGCGUUUUCGAAUAAAAUUUCCGAAAAAAAAAAAAAUUACAGUCAAUAUACGAGAAAUUUAAUAAGGAAA